GGGCUGCUCCCUCCCCGUGGGGCGCAGGGAGGCGAGCCCGCCCGCCCGGGAUGCCAUGGCUCCGCCGGGCUCCGCGCUGCCCGCCUGCCUGCUGGGGCUGCUGCUGCUCGUGUGCCGCGGAGAUUUUGGCCGUUCCUCCGAGCUGGCAUUCGUUGUGGAGCCCAGCGAUGACAUAGCCGUGCAGGAGCAACCCUUGAUCCUGUACUGCCAGGUGGAGGGCAUCCAGCCCAUCACCAUCACAUGGAGGAAGAACGGCGCGAUGAUCGUGGACAGUGAGAAUGCCUUCAUGUUGGCCAACGGGUCGCUCUACGUCUCCCGCUUCCAGAGGGUCCGGGGAGACGGCUCUUCGGACGAGGGCGAGUACGAUUGCAUGGCACAGAACCACUACGGGCUGGUCGUGAGCCGGAAGGCCAAGAUCCAGGCAGCGACGAUGUCCGACUUCCACAUCCACCCUCAGAACGCAGUGGUGGAGGAAGGUGGUGUAGCAAGAUUCCAGUGCCAGAUCCAUGGCUUGCCUGAGCCGGUCAUCCUAUGGCAUAAGAACAGCAUGCCGGUCAACACAGACAACGAAAGGUACACACUGCUUCCCAAGGGGGUUCUCCAGAUAACGGGACUGAGAGCAGAAGACAGUGGGAUAUUUCACUGCGUUGCCACCAAUAUCGCUAAUGUGAAGUUCAGCCGGGAGGCCCGACUCACCGUGUCAGGCUCCCACUCCACCGUUUACAAGGACCCCAUGAUUCUCGUGGGGCCGGAGAACCUCACGCUGACAGUGCACCAGACGGCGGUGCUGGAGUGCAUCGCCACGGGCAACCCCCGGCCCAUCGUCUCCUGGAGCCGCCUUGAUGGUCGCCCAAUUGGUGUGGAGGGGAUCCAGGUGCUGGGGACAGGAAACCUCAUGAUCUCAGACCUCACCGUGCAGCACUCUGGAAUCUACGUGUGCGCCGCCAACAAACCCGGCACCCGCGUGCGCAGGACGGCCCAGGGCAGCCUCGUGGUACAAGCCCCUGCAGAGUUUGUGCAGCAUCCUCAGUCCAUUUCCAGGCCAGUGGGGACCACUGCCAUCUUCACGUGUGUGGCCCAGGGGGAACCCCCUCCCCAGAUCACUUGGCUGAGGAACGGGCAGAUCCUGGAGACCAGCGACCACAUCAAGCUGAAGAAUAACAACAGCACUCUGUCCAUCUACGGGAUCAACCAGACGGACGAGGCCAUCUACCAGUGCCUGGCGGAGAACAGCGCGGGCUCCACGCAGGCCAGCGCCCGCCUCACCGUGCUCUGGGCCGACGGGCUGCCCAGCCCCCCACAGGCCGUCAGGGCCGAGACCGUCUCUGCCACCACCAUCCAGGUGUCCUGGGAGAAGCCCCUGCAGAACACCAAGGAGAUCAUCGGCUACGUGCUGCACAUUCGGAAAGCUGCAGAUCCCGUCGAGAUGGAGUACCAGGAGGCUGUUAGCAAGAGCACCUUCCAGCAGCUGGUGACUGAUUUGGAGCCCUCGACCAGCUACAGCUUUUAUAUAAAGGCUUACACCUCCCGGGGUGCCAGCAAAGCCUCAGAAGUCACGGUGGUGAGCACGCUGGGGGAAGUCCCAGCCAUGCCAUCCCUCUUUAUUAAAGUCAUUAACAGCACCGCCGUGCAGGCGACGUGGGAACCCUCCAUCAAACUGGGCCAGCACCAAGGCUUCAAGCUGUACUACCGCAAGGUCCACCUGGCCCAGUACACAGGCCCAGUGCUACUGGCCAGCAACGUCACAGCCUACAACAUUACCCACCUGGACGCGUCGGUGGUGUACGAGGUCAAGCUCCUCGCCUACAACCAGCACGGGGAUGGAGACUCCACUGUCCGCUUCGUGUCCCUGAGGGAAACUGUGGAGAGGACAGUAUUGAAUCCCCCCUGUGACUGCAUGAAGGACGAGCAGAACAAUAAAACCUCCACGACCGGCAUCAUCAUCGGGAUCCACAUCGGCGUCACCUGCAUCAUAUUCUGCAUCCUCUUCCUCAUGUUCGGGUACCGAGGAAGGCUGCUGAUGUGCAAAAACGUGCAGGAGCAGCUCUCAACCCCACAGAUCCCCAGGAGCCAGCGGAGCGCUGCGAGCCUUGUCCUGAACGGGGCUGCUCGCAGGGACAGGGACGACCGGGACUUGAAUGGAAAGCAGCUGGAUAUGAACGAGCUGGAGAGGUUAUUCCCAGCAUCCCCAUCCCAGGAGCAGCAGGAUAAGGGAAUGACGUCGGCUCACAGCCCGCCGGCCCCCCACGACGACACCCAGAUCUCCACACUCCCUCUGGACGAGUUCAGCAUCAUCGAGGAGCAGCUAGACCCCCUCCCAAAACCCUCCCGUGGCAGCAUCCCCUCUGCUCCAGCUCCCGACCACGGUCCCGCCAAUGAAGGAUAAAACUGCCAAGACUCAAAGCCUCUUGUGGGAGUUACCAGAAACCAAACCCGCGGCUGGUGAUGUCUUUACGAGUUGUCAAUCUCAGGUCAAUUGAAGAUUUCUACGGUCUGAUUGUUAUUUUUUUGUUUUGCUUUAUUUUUAUAUAUAUAUAUAAAUAUAUAUAUAUGUAUACAGCCUUUUGGAAACUCUGUGAAGUUUUAUCUGUCUGACCUCUCCUUCGAGCCUCUCGGUGUGUUUCUUCCGAUGGCGGCUUCGCGGAGACUGGUCACGAUGAAUUUUCCCCUCAGCUGCUAAGUAACAGACUCCUUGGCAGAGUUUGACAAACUCUCCCGUCUCUGACAGACUGGGAAUAUGGUGGAGCAUGUCCUGGCGUCCCAGACUUUUUCCUGAUCAGCAGCUUUAGGACUACUUUUUGGAUCUAUUUUUUAUUUCCAGAAGACUGGAUUUGGAGAAAUCCUUCUAACUUGACUCCAAAAAUCGAGGCCCAGGAAGGCUGUCUCUCCGUGGAUUUGAUGACUUUGUACACUUUUGCUAUUUCUCAGGAUACUUUUUUUGCUGAUUGACUCUAAAUAAUAUGAAAAAAAAAAAAGGCAGAAAAAUAAAAAAAAAAGAGUGUGUGUGUCAAAGGAUGCCUGAGGGCUACUGAAAGACUUGGACAGACAACCCGAGUGAACUCAGAACCUACCUCAACCGGAAUGAAUGUCUUCUGGGAAGCAGAAAUGCCUGCGUCUUCCUUCGUGUUCAAAAAGCAAGUAGCAUAGCACUUGGUCAGUACAAGCAUGGUCCUACCUCAGCAGUCACGCUCUGUACCUGCCGCCCCGGCGGCUUCGUCGUCGUCGUUCCCAUGUAAAGCACUUCCAAACCUUUGAAAGCAAUGUUCUACCUCAAGCAUGAGAGAAGCUCGUGUGUGAGUGUGAGAGUGAGUGUGAGAGUGUGAGUGUCUGUGUGUCUGUGUGUGUGUGUCUGUGUGUGUGUGUCCUCUCCUCUCCCCCAGUUCCUGCCUCUCCCACCCUGCCCCUCACGAAGCGCGAUGCUUCACUAGUGUUAUGAGCUUUACUUUUAGGGGCUCCGGUGUGAUUUUGGAGAUUCCUGUUGUGGUUUUUUUACUUUAAAGAUUGUUGGGGCUGUCACAGACAAGCAGUGUGGUGCUCUCUGGUUUUCCCUGGCACUGCUGCCCUCCCAGGGCUGAUUUGGGUGCUGCUGGUGGCUGCCUCAGUCCAUCUUGGGUGUACAGAGAUGGGGUGCUCAGCUGCCAGCACUGGAGCCAGGGCACCUUCCUGCCCUGUCACUGUGCUGAUUCCCAGCAGGAUGAUUUAUGGCACGUGCCAGCAUAAGCACCAUAACACACCCCUGGGGGGUGGCAACCUGGAUGUCAACGUCUAGUUGACAAAGCCCACCCUGCCGUAGGAGCGCCCACGGGCAAACAAACCCUGAGACAGUACUUCCAGAACCCCCUGAGAGGCUACUGAGCUGCUCCCAGCUCUUCCAGCGCAUUUCCAGCCACAGGAGAACAUCCAAAGGAUGAGUGGAGCCAAAAAGGGCUCAGUUCCCUGGGAAGGACAAGGCGAGGAGGAUGCUGGGGGCUACCAGCAGCUGCCCCUUCCCGAUGCCCAGGGUGGGCAGAGGAGCUCCUGACACCAAAGAGAGGGUUUGUCCCCUCCAGGGAUCAACCACCAAACUGCCACUGUGGGGUUUGGGUUGUCCUGGCAUGGUGCAGCCUCGUGAGUCGGUGUGUGACCGGCAUCAUCCGUGGGGUGAGAUGGGGGCAGGGAUGGUGCCUGUUCCCUGCCACGUGGGUUGGUUCAAUCCAGGCGAAUGUGAAGGUUUGAACUCUCUGUGUAAGUGGUGGUAAAUCAAAUGUUGCCGUAUCUGCAAGGACAGUGAAAGGAAUCAGGAAAGGAAAUAAGUUUUAAGUUUAAAAAAAGGUAUUAACUGUAUUUUUUUAAAUGGUACCAGUGGGAGAGUCCCUUGUGUGAGAAACAUCCCCAUCACUUGCCCAGCUGGCAGUGGGAUGCUGCCCAUGGCUGUGCAAAUAAUAUCACACACAGGAGGAUGAGCAAACGCCUCUUCCCUGUGCUGGGUCAGGUUAGCUGGGAGCAGGACUCUGCCCUUCCACAUCAUCCACCUUGGCCCUAGCAGAUUGAAUGGCACCAACCUCGAGAGCAAGGAGCUCUUGAGGCUUGGUGUUCCUAGCCCCCUCCCAUUAUAAUUCCUGUUGACAUCAGGCAGAACAAAAAAGAUAUGAAGGGUUAAACUUUGGCGUUAAGCCCCCAAACAGCCUCUCCCCACCCCACCAAAGAGGCUAGAUGGGCCAUCAGACCGAUCCCUGCUCCCAAGGAGAUGGGGGGAUGUUCCCUUUUGUGACUGCUGGACCUGGAGACAGCCUGGGAAGGGACUGGGGGGGGGCAGCGCCAUGUGAGUCCGACAGCACAGCCCAUCGCAGGAGAUGGAGGAUGGAAAGGGCAGGAGGGAGGAGGAGACACCAAACAGUUAAAGUUAUAACCUCAUAUCAAAGACAACCCGAUCCUCUCCUGCCAUCCCGCUCCCACCCCAGCCCAGCUUUUCUUGUUAUUGUUUCUUUUGGUGUGUGUAACGUCACCGUUCACAUUGAAUAAGUACCGUUGCCAAAGUGAACACAAAACCUAGAGUAGCGUUCAGCUCAGACUUCCUGAAGCUGUGAACAUGCUAUUAAUUUAAUAUCAUAUUAUUGUGAUAUUGUAAUAGUAACAAGUAUUUGUCACUACUUCCUUUUAUUAAAGGGAAAUGCUGUGCCAUUUGACUAGUUGGAAUACGAUAGUAUGUCAAGAGUAGAGCUUUUUCUUUUGUUUUUUUUUUUUUUAAUUAUGCAGAAAUGUGGUGGCUUAAACCAAUGCAGAUUCUGUGUUGGUUUGAGACAGUUGAAGAUGGAUGUAAAUCUUUAAAGACUAUUUUUUAGAAGUCUAGCUUUUCCUCUUUUUUGGGGUUUCUUUUCCACUCUUUUCAGUACCGUUGGGACGUAAUGUAGAUGGUUGCGGCAACUCAGCCCACGAAGGGCUGGGGCUGGUCUGGUGAUCCAUCAGGAGGGCAUGGUCUUCCCUGACUUAUCCAAGUGCACAAAACUGGGCAAAAAGACCACUCAAAAUGCCACGUUCUGGGUUUGUGCCUCUCAGCUGGAGAAGUGACACAUAACAGCCCCUCUUGCUGUACAUCAGUGCCUGAGCCAGGCUGGACACAAAGCUGUGACAACCAAAAACUUGGGAAAGUGUCACUUAGAGUAUGUCUGGCCUUGAAUCUGUGAAAUGAGAAGGAAAAAAAGAACAAAAAAGAGCUUGUGUUUGGUUUCAGCCUGAGGGACAGCCUGUCCUUGAUUCAUCCAAACUGCUGCCCAGAGAUAAAACCGCUGGGUAAUGGGCAAGUGCUGGAUCCAGUGCAAACUGCUGGCAACCACCCACCUUUGGGGUAGGAAUCUCAUCCUUUAUUAUUUUUCCAAGCGAAUAGUUCCACUAAUUCAACCCUCUCAGCUGAUCCCAAAAACCCUCUUAUUUUCUGGCUGUGGUGAGAUGAAAUUAUGGGAAGGAAUAAAUAUCCAAAAGCUGAUUUUUUUUAUUUUUGGUAACCCAUAAUGGGCACAACCUAUUCUUGGAGCUCUCAAGUUGACCAGAGAUGGCUGCUACCUCAGGGACAGUAUCCACAUUGUCUUUAGUUGAACAGGGAAUAGUUUUAUGCUGUGACAGGGUAUUUUCACACUGUUGGAUUCGGGUAUUUAUUUGUCUACCGUUAUCUUUCUUCUUUCUUGUUUUGUAAAGGUGCUGAUAUAUUUAAGUGCUGGUCCAGUUUGGGAGUUUUAAAUCUUCCAGCCCAGAUUAUAACAAGGGACUGUAGAUUUUAAGUUGGCAAUAAAAGAGGAGAGAAGCUACAAAGCAUUGUUGCUUCUGGAUGGUGAAGGGAAGCUGAGUGACAGCACUUAAGUCUGAGAAGAUCAGUUAAAAAAAAGGAAAUUAAAAGCUUAUGAAAACAAACGGGGGGGAGCUACUUACUCACUUCAUCUGUGCAAACAGUGUGUGGAAAUCUAUCCCUCCCCGUGCGCGCUGGAGCGGGCAGGUUACAGAUCCCAUCUAGCAACUUGAUGCCGGCUCAUUUAUUUCCCUCCCCACCAAAUUAAAAAAAGGGAAAGAAAAGUUGAUGGCCAGUUCCCAGUUGGUGUCCAGUCACUAGCAGUGUCCCCCAGGGAUCAGUGUCAGGCCCAGUCCUGUUUAAUAUCCUUACUGAUGAUCUGGAUGAGGGGAUU